UCGACAGGCCGUUUUUCGAUGGUAGUUCGACAGGAAGGAGGCAGAGAGGACAAAGGAACUGAGCUGCGCCCACUAGCGGCUAUUCUUCAAACAAAGCUAACGGCUACGGCUAGAAAAUAGGCUAGCGGUUAGCCUAGCGGCUAGGGCUAACUGUUAGACUAACGGCUAGGCUAGUGGCUGGAAUAAGGUUAAUCUGUUACUCAGUUACUUAUUCAAACAGUUAGUAAUUAGGCUGCCAUAGGAGAAAAAAAAUGGAGGUUAAUUUUGCAGUCAUAUUUUCACCAUGUUGUUCAUUUAUUUAUAAAUGUCACAGUUUCAAACUAAGUAUUUAGUUAGCAAGCUAAAUGAGCUAAAUACUUGGGUUUACUUUGGUAACUAAAUAUUUAGAAUUUCGGUGGUAAACUAAACUUUUAGUUGAGUAAUUAAAUGUUUUAUAAUGAAUGAAUAACAUGGUUAAAAUAUGACAGAAAAAUGAACCUCCAUUGUUUCUGUUAUGACGAGCCAAAUUACCCAGAUUAUUUCUGUUCAUUUUUGACUGAGUAACUUUAUAAACGUCACACACACUCACUCAUCAUCAUCAUCAUGUUUGUGUUAUUGAUGGUUAAACAUUCUUUAGUUAUUAAAAACCUGCCUAUUUGUGUAAACCAGAACCAGUCCGGAUCAGAACCUUCCGGUUCUGGAGAGGAUUCAGCAUCUGGAGCGUCGCUGAGGAAAAGGAUGCUGCAGCCGAAGAUCAGCGCGGAGUUUCUGCUCGGAGCUGAACAAAGAGAGGAGGCAACACGACUCACGGGGCGCGCGCUCACAGGAUGCGCGCCGCACUCAUGGGGCACGUUCACAGGAUGCGCGCGCUGUAGUGAAUGCAGGAGCAGGGAGGAGGAGGAGGAGGAGGAAGGCUGAAUGCGCCUCCUGACUGCGCGCCGUCCUCGACACAUAAAGACAGGAGAAGAUCCGGAGACUGAGAGCGUCUACGGCUGUCCGCUGGCCAAGAAGAGGAGGACUCUGGACAAACAGACCCCGGAACCGGCAGCAAAGAGGAGGCCCUUCAUCGCUUCCUGCCUGGGAGAGGAAGAAGAGGAGGAGGAAGAAGAGGAGGAGCAGGGGGGUGGAGCCUUCAGCAGCUAUGAAACCAUAGAGGUAGGACAGGAGAGGAAGGAGCAGGGGGAGGAAGACGAGGAGGAGGAGUUCUCCGAGGACAACGAGGAGCAUGGAGAGGAGGAAGAGGAGGGGAUUGCAUUGGAGAGUUCAGACACGAGAGGAAGAGGAGAGCAAGCGGAGGAAGAGGAGGAGGGGAUGGACGAGGACGAAGAUGAUGGUGACGAUGAGGAAGAGCCGGAGGAUGAGGUAGAGGAAGAAGAGGACGAGGAAGGGGAGCAGACUCUGCUUCAGGAGAACCAGUACAAACCCAGCGGACAAUCAAAGCUCCACCCCGUCCACAAGGACAACAACAACAACAGCUGCGCCAUCGGAAACGCCCCCAGAGAAGAGUAUGAGAACUACGACGAGCUUGUGGCCAAGUCGCUGCUCAACCUCGGUAAGAUCGCAGAAGACGCCGCCUACCAGGCCGUGACUGAGUCCGAGAUGAACAGCAACUCGUCCAACAGCGCCGGGGAGGAAGACGAUGACGAUGAUGACGGCAGCGAGCCGGACGACAGGCAGGGCGACCUGAGCGUGGACCUGGACAGCGAUGUGGUCAGAGAGACUGUGGACUCUCUGAAGCUCCUGGCUCAGGGUCACGGCGCCAUGCUGCCUGAAGACGGAUACCCAGAGAGUGCUGUGGUGAAUGAUGGGCGGGGGCCGGGGGUCAGGGGUCAAACGGAGGGAGCUGGGGAGGAGGUAUGUCUCAGCAGUCUGGAGUGUCUGAGGAACCAAUGCUUUGAUCUGGCCCGAAAACUGAGCGAGACGCCACCGUCGGACCGACCCGUCCUGCACAGUAACUACGUUCAACAAGCAGUGGACCAGCAGGUGCUGCAACAUCUGAACAGGUACGACAGCUAUCCAACCGGAGUUCAGGAAGACGCCAGGCCUCUGGAGCGGAGCUACUCUGAGAUGUUGAACCUGAUGAAGCUGGAGGAGCAACUGAGUCCAGCAUCCAGAGGCUACAGCUGCAGCCAGGAGGGCGACGAGGACACCACCUCUGUAGCCUCAGACCGCUCCGACGACACGUUCGACAUGGCCAAGGGAAACCUGUCGCUGCUGGAGAAGGCCAUCGCCCUGGAGUCCGAGAGGGCAAAGGUGAUGAGGGACCGGAUGGUGACUGAGCACGCCACGCCCCGCCGGGACCAGCACAGCCCCAGGCUUAGCAUGGCCGCUGAGGAACGCAAGUCCAGGAUGCACCCGGAUGGGCUGAAGAGGGCGUACUACCCUAAAGAUUCUUCCAGAGGAGAGAAGAAGGAGAGCAAGUGUCCGACGCCGGGCUGCGACGGAACGGGUCAUGUGACGGGUCUGUACCCGCACCACCGCAGCCUGUCCGGGUGUCCUCACAAAGACCGGGUCCCGCCUGAAAUCCUUGCCAUGUAUGAAAAUGUGUUAAAGUGUCCGACUCCUGGCUGCUCUGGACGGGGGCAUGUCAAUAGCAACAGGAACUCCCACCGCAGUCUGUCCGGCUGUCCCAUCGCUGCCGCAGAGAAGAUGGCCAAGGUCCACGAGAAAACCUUCACUGCCGACACCGGCGCCAAGACCAAUCAGACGUCAGACAGAGUUCUCAGGCCGAUGUGUUUCGUCAAGCAGCUGGAGAUUCCUCAGUACGGCUUCAAGAACAACGUUCCCACCAGCACGCCGCGCUCCAACCUCACCAAGGAGCUGGAGAAAUACUCCAAGACCAGCUACGACUACGCCGGCUACGAUGGCCAGCAGCCCGGCUACGGCAAGAGAGGCCCCGCCCCCAAGGCCCUGCAGGGGCGAGACCUCUCUCCGAAGGGAUACGACGUCUCCGGCACUGCAGCGAAGCGGUACUGCAAGACGUCGAGCCCGGCCAGCAGCACCACCAGCUACGCCCCCAGCAGCAGCAGCAGCCUGAGCGGCGGCGGCGGCGGCGGGGGGGGCAGCAGCGCCAGCAGCACCUGCAGCAAGAGCAGCUUUGACUACACCCACGACAUGGAGGCCGCCCACAUGGCCGCCACCGCCAUCCUCAACCUGUCCACCCGCUGCCGGGAGCUGCCCAACGCCCUGGGCGCAAAGCCCCAUGAGCUGCUGGCCCAGAGCCCGGGGGCAGAGGACGACGGGCCGGCGGAGCCGUCCGGUGCGCCCGGCGGGCCGGAGGGCGGCGGCGCGGUGCUGACCCCGCUGCAGCCUAUGUCGCCGCAGCGCCAGGCUCUGCUCAGCAGCCGCUGCUUCCAGCUGGACACCGACUGCUGGGAGCUGCCGGUGGAUUUCACCAAACGGCCCGGAGACGAGCCGGAGCUCAGAGAGCAGACUGACGAUCUGGACCCGUUCCAGGAGCUGCUGGACGAGCCGCGGUUCCCGGCCGAGGUGACGGCGCCCAGCCCCAAGCACCACAAGUUCCCGCCCUGCAAGGAGGGCAAGAAGGAGCUGAUGAGUCUGUCCAGCUGCCAGAUUGCCGAUAAGAACAUUCGUGGUUUGAUGUCGUCCAACUCGCAGGAACUGAAGUGUCCCACGCCUGGCUGUGACGGAUCGGGACACAUCACGGGGAAUUAUGCCUCCCACAGGAGUCUCUCCGGCUGUCCUCGAGCCAAGAAGAGCGGCGUGAAAAUCCUCCACAGCAAAGAGGAGAAGGACGAGCAGGAACCCAUCAAGUGUCCGGUCCCCGGCUGCGACGGACAGGGUCAUGUGACGGGGAAGUACGCCUCCCACCGCAGCGCGUCAGGCUGCCCCCUGGCGGCCAAGAGGCAGAAAGACAGCUACAUGAACGGCUCGCAGUUCGUCUGGAAGGCCGGGAAGACAGACGGGAUGACGUGUCCGACGCCAGGCUGCGACGGCUCAGGACACGUCAGCGGCAGCUUCCUGACCCACCGCAGUCUCUCCGGUUGUCCCCGCACCUCCUCAGCCAUGAAGAAAGCCCGGAUGAGCAGCGCGGACAUGCUGACAAUCAAACAAAGAGCGAGCAAAGGAAUAGAAAACGAUGAAGAAAUUAAACAGUUGGAUGAAGAAAUCAAAGAUCUGAAUGAGUCCAACAAUCAAGUGGAGUCGGAUAUGAUCAAACUGAGGACUCAGAUCACCACCAUGGAGACCAACCUGAAGUCCAUGGAGGAGGAGAACCAGGCCAUGGAGACGCAGAACGACUCGCUGCUGCACGAACUGGCCAACCUGAGCCAGUCGCUCAUCAACAGCCUGGCCAACAUCCAGCUGCCCCACAUGGAACCGAUGAACGAACAGAACUUUGACUCGUACGUCAGCGCUCUGACUGACAUGUACACCCACCAGGACCGGUACCAGAGCCCGGAGAACAAGGCGCUGCUGGAGAACAUCCGCCAGGCCGUCCAGGGCAUCCAGGUCUGACCGGAGCGGGAAGCCGGUUCCGGAGGAUCCGGGCCCGGGUCCGCUCCUGUUUCUGUCCUCAUCAGUGUCUGGUUCUGUUCUCUUGAUUGGUGUUGCUUUGCUUUGGACUCAGAUGUGUCUCGGUUCGACCCGGUCCGAUGUGGCGUCCCGCUCAUGGCUGCUCAUCCUUCUUUAACAUUGUUUACACCAGGACAAACUGGGCUGUACUGGUCAGACUGGGAGCCUGAACGUUCCGUAAAUCCUUCUGAACUUCUGCUGCAGAUCCCAUCAUCCCAUCGGGCCUCCUCCUUUCAGGCUUUUAUUUUGAAAUGCAAACGGCUGCAGGAAAUGUAGGAGACAAUCCGCCACCUGACUGGACAGUGGAGACCAGUAGAAACCAGUGGAGACCAGUGGAGACCAGUGGGAGGAACUGAGUGGGAAUAUGCAAUUUCUUAUGAAUCACGGAGCAACGAGCUGAAAGCUGUUUUUACUGACGAUCGAUGUUUGUAUGAAUCUUUUCCUACAUGGUGUUUUAGCCGCCUCUGUUCCAUGUUUCGAUGUUUUAUUCUGAGCUUCUCUGGGUCUACAGGGUCAAAAGUCCUCCAGAACCGGUCCGAUGGAGACUUUGGGUCAGAACCGAUGGGACAUUUCCUCAUCACACCUCAUCAUGCAUGCACUUUAUGGAAGCACGUUCCAGUAUCGCCGCGCCACUGGUCCAGUUCAUCCCUGAAAGGAAAACUCCGCUUCUCGCCUCCGUAUAUGGUCGGCUUCCAGGUGAACCCUGACCUCCAGGGUCGCUGGCUGAGGUUCUGCUGCUCAGCCCGGCCGGGUCCAGGAAGCGAUGGCUCCGCCUGAUGGGAGCCGUUUGAAACAUCACAAACUGACAGCAACAACUUCAGAUUGUUCAGUUUUUACAGGAAAACAAUGAGCUUCAGUUUCAAAGUCACAUUUUCACCCACAUUCAGAAACGUCCAAUAAAAACUUGCUAAAUAUUUAGCUGGAAAUUUGCUUGCUAACUAAAUGUUUAGCUUCAAGCUAUAUAUUUAGCUCACUAACUAAAUACCUCAUUAACUAUUGAGUUUGAAGCCAAACAUUUAGCUGCUAUUUAUAAACUGUGAUGUUUAUAAAUAGAUGAAUAACUCAGUGAAAAUAUAACUUUGAAAGAUAAAAACAUCUUUUUCUCCUAAAACAGACUAAAUAAUCCAAAUUAUUGCUGUCCAUUUUUCCGAACGGCUGCCAUGUUCACGGCUUUUCAGGAAGAGAACCCAGAAAUAGAUCUCAGCUCGGUUCUAGAUAAUCCGGUCGGUUUCAUGAGAACAACAAUAAUCCAUGUUUGGGAUUUCUUGGAUGCAUUUCCAGGAUUGAACGUUUCCAGCUGAAAGAACCUCGGCUGGGAUUAUUAUUCCCGUCUCUGCCUAAACACAGGAAGCGGUGUGAUUCCCGGUAAGCCUGGGGUCGGAUCCGUCGGAUCGACCCUCCUCAUCUCCGGCUACAGGAGGAGUUUUCCUGAAGGAAACGGAUCUGCGGCUUCCUGCUUUGGUUUUCCUGCAGAACGGAGUUAAAGCACAAUUUAAAGAUGUGAACACGCCUGAAUGAAGAACCUCACCUGAAAUGAUCUUUUUAUAUCUUUGAUUUCUUUCUUCAUGUCAGACUUCCAGAAGCUUUUUUCCUACCAGACAGCAUGACUCCCUGCUGACACCUUCAAGGUCACCAGGUUCCAUUUCUGUUGAAUUGUGGAGUUUGUACAGUUUCUAUCAUGUUGGUGUUGCCAUCUGUUGCUCUGAAUAAAUCCUGUGUUGCAACACCUGCAAA